AUGGAUGGUCUGAUGGACGGUGGCGUAAAUGUCGUGGACGGCAUUGAUUUUGGGGGAGGCGGUGGAGGAGUCCACGUGGUCGAGUCUAUGGACUUUGGAGGAGGUGGGGUCAACGUAGUCGAUGGAAUUGACUAUGGCGGCGGCGGCGGCGUCAACAUAGUUGAUUACGGCGGCGGCGGUGGGGUCAAUAUAGUCGAUGGGAUUGAUUACGGCGGCGGCGGUGGGGUCAACGUAGUCGAUUAUGCUGGAGGCGGCGGGGUUAACAUAGUCGACGGUAUCGACUAUGGCGGCGGCGGCGGAGUUAAUAUAGUCGACCACCAUGGAGGUGGUGGCGUUAAUGUAGUUGAUGGCGUUCAAUACGGCGGCGACGGUGACGGUGGCGUUCAAUUUGCUGACAACAGUGGUGGUGUGCAGUUUGCUGACAAUAGCGGCGGGGUCCAGUUUGCUGGCGGUGACGGUAGCGGGGUCCAGUUCGCCGGCGAUGACGGUAGCGGGGUCCAAUUUGCUGGCGAUGACGGUAGCGGGGUCCAGUUCGCUGGCGAUGACGGUAGCGGGGUCCAGUUCGCGGGCGAUGACGUGAAGAAGUGGAUCCAAUCUGCUGGCGAUGACGGUAGCGGGGUCCAGUUCGCUGGCGAUGACGGUAGCGGGGUACAGUUCGCGGGCGAUGACGGUAGCGGGGUACAGUUCGCGGGCGAUGACGGUAGCGGGGUACAGUUCGCUGGCGAUGACGGUAGCGGGGUACAGUUCGCGGGCGAUGACGGUAGCGGGAUUGUUGACGGCGACAACAGCGGAGUCAACGUGGUUGACGGCAACGGCGGCGUCCAAUUUGCUGACAACAGCGGUGGCGGGGUCAACGUUGUUGAUGGAGCCGUGAUGUUUGGGGGCGGUGUCAAUAUUGUUGACAACGGGGGCGGUGUCAACGUUGUUGACGGCGCCGUUAUGUUUGGGGGCGGUGUCAAUGUUGUUGACAACGAUGACGACUACGUGGACGGUGGCGGUGGUGUGCAUAUCGUCGAUGGAGACUAUGGUGGUGGCGUCCACGUGGUAGACGGACAGUAUGGAGGGGGCGUUCACGUGGUAGACGGCCAAUAUGGAGGGAGUGUCCAUGUGGUUGACGGACAGUAUGGAGGGGGAGUACAUGUCGUUGAUGGAGACGGCAGCGGAGUACACGUCGUUGACGGGAGUUAUGGAGGAGUUAACGUUGUUGAAACUGACUAUGGUGGCGGUGUGCAUGUCGUCGAUGGUCAGUAUGGUGGGGGAGUUCACGUUGUGGAUGGAGACAGCAGCGUCCAUAUCGUGGAUGGGGAUUAUGGAGGCGCGUGGCUUUGUCAUAAGUCUUUCUCCUAUGUCGUGGGUGCGUUUAAGGUUAUAUCAAACGGUUCACUCGAAUGA